AUGGCCCAUUUACAAACCACUUCAAUCCCUAACUACAUGAGUGAGCUAGGGUACUCUUGCCAUGCUGUAGGAAAGUGGCACCUAGGUUUUUGUUCCUGGGACCUGACUCCUGUUAAACGAGGGUUCGAUUCGUUCUACGGGUUCUACAAUGGACAAGAACAUUAUCGCAAUAAAACUGCUCACAAUGGUUUCGAUUUCAGGUUGGAUACUCCUGGAGAUAAUGGAACUGUUAAUAGUGAGGUUGUUUGGUCUGCUAAAAGCACUUACUCCACCAUACUUUACGCUAACCGAGCUGCAAAGGUAGUACAUGACCACGAUCAAAGCAAACCUCUGUUUCUAUAUCUGGCCAUGCAGAGCGUUCAUAGUCCUAACGAAUUUCUUAAGAAACACUAUCAGAUGUACAAAGGAGUAGAGCAGAACUGUAAAAGAAGAAGGUUUCUGUCAAUGGUAACUGCUAUGGACGAUGCUGCUGAGGUGGUGGUGAAAGCUUUAAAACAGUCUGGAAUGUGGGAUAAUACGAUAUUUAUCUUCUUCAGUGACAACGGGGGAGCAGUGGGAAAGAAAACAAUUGGUCAGGUGAACUACCCACUGAGAGGAGGUAAAGCCUCCUACUGGGAGGGAGGGAUCAGAUCUAGCUCCUUCAUCCACUCUCCCUUGAUUCCAGGUGGAUUGUAUAACAGAGAGAUGCUCCAUAUUACAGACUGGUUACCCACUCUUACCCACUUGGCUGCAUGUGGUCCAGAACCCACCAACCAUGAGUGUACAGGUCCUGAUUUGGGAGACAUUGAUGGAGUUAACCAGUGGGAUGCGAUAAUUGGGGCAGCAAAGAGUAACAGAGCAGAGUUUCUUGUAAACAUCGACCCUAUUUCUAAGAACUCUGCUCUAAGAUGGGGACCUUGGAAGCUAUAUCACGGUAACCCCGGUAUAAGUGGAUGGAAACCUCCUCCCAGAGUUAACCGGGAUCUUCACGAAGAAAGCAAUCUCUACUACUUUCAAGGACCUCAUUCUAUUAUGCUGUUUGACGUUGAGGCAGACCCGGCAGAAAAAAAUGAAGUAUCAGAAUCCAAUCCCGAUAUUGUGACAACAAUGUUAGAGAGACUGAACUUUUAUCAAAACAGGACAAUCCCACCAAGGAAGCUUGAAGAAGACCCGGCCUCGCGCCCUGGACUGUUCGGUGGAGUCUGGACCCCCUGGCUUGAGUCUUGCUAGUCCCUUUUAAUAUGUGCUCAUGUUAGUCGGUUCCGCACACACGUGUCAUUUUUAUAGUCAACCAAGUACCAACAUCAAACAUAAUCAAAUGUAAUUGAUUAAAAUUUAGAGCUCUAGAUGUACAGGAGAGUUUCGCCAUAUAAUUAUAAAUUCCACUGCAUUAUUGUUAUUGUUAUAUAAAUAUUUACACAGUAACUAGGUGUAGGAUAUAAUUCCAUAAAUAAGAUCUUUUAAAAAGUGGAAAAGAGUUAUGCCUGUUCCUUCAGACUUACUUAGUAACAAUUUCUUUAUGAUUAUCUUUAUACUUAUAGAGAUACUCUUCAUGUCAUUUGUUGAAUAAUGUGAACUUAUUGUUAACGAUAGGGAUAUUUUUUGAUAAUCUACAGUUAUUUUGACGAAAUUUAUUUGAGCAAUUUUCAAUUUUUAACAAUGUAUUGCUAUAAAAUACUGCGUAACUGACAAUGGUUAAAGAUUUUAUUUAUAAUUCAAGGUAUUGGUAUUUGGUAAACAUUUUGAUGUAUGAUCUAUCAAGUUUACCCUAUACUCAUUGCUUAUCCUAGUGAAUGAUGUCUCAUUUAAGCAUUUUCCAGCACAGUAAACGGUAAACCUACCCGCGUAUGCACCAAAGAAAUGGUUGUAUUAUUAAAAUAAUCGAAGAACUUGUCUCCAGACGCGACGCUUUUUACGUUGUUUGUGGGAAUACAUGUAAAUAGU